CCCGGUUCCGGGCGGCGCGGCCAUGGCGGCUCGGGGCGCGGAGGCCGAGGCGCUGUUCGAGGCGCACACGGCGGCCGAGCUGCGGGCGGUGGAGCGGCGGCUCCGCGCCGACAUCGAGCAGAAGCGGGAGGAGCUGCGGCAGAUGGUGGGCGAGCGGUACCGAGACCUCAUCGAGGCGGCCGACACCAUCGCCGAGAUGCGCCUCAGCGCCGAGCGCCUCCUGGGCGCCGUGCGGGGCCUGCAGCGAGGCGGCGGCGAGGCCCGGCCCGGCCCCGCGGCUCCGGCUCGGCCGCCGGCGCAGGAGAGCUUCUACCGGGCGGCGGCGCAGCUGAAGCUGCUGCUGGACGUGCCCGAGAAGGUCUGGGGGGCAGUGGAGGGCGGCCGGUACCUGCCCGCGGCCCGGCUCCAUCUGCUCGGAGCCCACCUCCGCCGCCAGCUCCAGCUCGAUGCGCCCCGGGCCCGCAGCAGCCCCGUCCUUGCUCGCUUCCCCAUCCUGCUGCGGCAGGUGGCUGCCGCCAGCCACCUCAGAUCCACCAUCCUGCAGGAGAGCAAGGCCCUGCUGAAGAGCCGCACGGUGUCGGACCAGGCGGUGGCCGAAGCCCUGUGUGCCAUCAUGCUGCUGGAGGACAGCUCACCACGCCAGGCCCUCGCUGACUUCCUCCUGGCCAGGAAGCUGGCCAUCCAGCAGCUCCUCAACCAGCCCCACCACGGCGCAGGUAUAAAAGCUCAGGUGUGCUCGCUGAUGGAGCUGUUAACCACGACCCUGUACCAGGCCCAUGCUCUCUUCUACACCGUGCCUGAAGGGAUGCUGCCGGAUCCAGCCCUGCCCUGUGGUUUGCUCUUCUCCACCCUGGAGAGCGCCACAGGCCAGCAACCAGCAGGAAAAGGAGGGGUUCUGGAGGAGGAGCUGAAGCUGAGCAGCUGGUUCCGGUACCUCCCGGAGUCCGUGGUGGAAUUCCAGCCGGCCCUGCGGACCCUGGCCCAUCCCAUCAGCCAGGAGCACCUCAGAGAGACGCUGCAGAAGUGGAUCACCAUGUGCAGUGAGGACAUCAGGGCUGGGGUCAGCAACCUGCUGGUGUACGUGAAGAGCAUGAAAGGCCUCGCAGGGAUUCGCGAUGCCGUGUGGGAGCUGCUCACGAGCGAGCCCGUGAGCCACAACUGGGACGCGCUCUGCCAUCGCCUCCUGGACAAGCCUGCUUCCCUCUGGGAGGAUCUGCUGCAGCAGCUCUUCCUGGACAGGCUGGAGGCACUGACCAAAGAAGCGUUUGACUCCAUCUCUAGCAGCUCCGGACAGCUUCUCACCGUCGCCUUGCAGGAACUUGAAGUCCACCCCAGCACCUCUGCCCCGAGCAAGCACAUCCAGUUUGAACACAACGUGGCCCUGUUCCUGUGGUCAGAGAGCUCCAGCGACCUGCCCUGCGACGCCGCCUGGGUCAGCGUGGCAAACCGCGGCCCCUUCGCCAAGAGCGGCUUGGCCAUGAAGGCGCAGGCGCUGACGCCGUGCGUGCAGAGCUUCUGCUCGGCUCUGGACUCCAAGCUGAAGGCCAGGCUGGAUGAUCUCCUCUCCUACCUCCCCGUGGACCCCUCGGCCAAGGAGGCUGCUCCCGCCGUGCAGCCGCGCUCUGCCUUUGACCGCUACGCUGAUGCCGGCACAGUGGAGGGGCUGCUCCGUGACCGCUGCGUCGCCUGCAUCCACCAUGUACUGGGCUGUGUGCGUGAAGAGCUCCAGAGCACGCAGAGCCUGCUGGGGGGGCAGGCAGAUGCUGCCAGUGAUGCCAGACUCAAUGCUGUCCUCUUCAUGGCCAGGCUCUGCCAGUCCCUGAGCGAGCUCUGCCCUCACCUGAAGCAGUGUGUCCUGGGCCGGUCGGGCAGCUCGGAGAUGGUGCUGAAGGAAACCCGCUCCACCAAGAAGCUGGGGAAGGGGAAAGCCCAGGAAGUGAGCCCCGUGCAGACCAAGUGGCAGGGGGUGAAGGCAGAGCUCCUGCAGCAGAGCCUCUUUGCUUACCGGAUCUGGAGCUCGGCUGUCACCAAAGGGCUGGUCGAGUGCUUUACCCGCACGUUGCUGCUGGACACGGCUGGCUCUGUCCUGGCCACAGCCACCAGCUGGGAUGAAACUGAAAUUCAGGAGGAGACCGAGUCUGGAACCACCGUAACGUCCAAGAUCCGCCUGCCCAUGCAGCCUUCCUGGUGCGUGCAGUGCCUCCUCUUCAGCCUGUGCCAAGAGGUGAACCGGGUCGGUGGCCACACUCUUCCCAAAGUCACCUUGCAGGAGCUGCUGAGGGGCUGCAUGGCACAAGUGCUUGCUGCCUAUGAAAAGCUUAUGGAGGAGAAGCAGGAGAAGAAAGCAGGCACCUUCCCCAUGACCCAGAACAGAGCUCUGCAGCUACUCUAUGACCUGCGGUACCUGAGCAUCAUCUUGACAGCGAAGAGUGAGGAAACAAAACCCAGCAGGAUCAAGCACGACUCCAGGAUGGAGAAGGUGAUAGACUUCCUGGAGGGACACAUAGAUCCGUUUGACUUGGAUGUUUUCACUCCACACUUGAACAGCAACCUGAAUCGCCUGGUUCAGCGAACCUCCGUUCUCUUCGGCUUGCUGACCGGGACGGAGAACCAGUACACGAGCAGGAGCGGCACGCUCAGCUCCCAGGAGCAACACAACAUCUUGCCGUUAGCAUCCAGCCAGAUCAGAUUUGGACUUCUGCCGCUGAGUAUGUCGAGCUCGCGGAAGACCAAGUCUGCUUCUAGGAGCACAGACAGAGUUCAGGUUCCACCUCCUGUACUCACAAGAGCAGAAGACGAGGCGUCGCGCCCUGGCUCUUUGUUCAGGCAGCUUGUAACCGAGGAGGAAGACACAGCAGCACCUUCUCUCUUCAAGCUGGGCUGGCUUUCUGGCAUGACCAAGUGACCCAGUAAAAACUGAAACAUC